CUCUUCCUCGUCUUUUCUGUCAGUGUGGCGCACAAUAGCGUCAGAGUCGCACGCACUUCUCAAAAACUCCCAGCUCGAUUAGUUUGUUUUGGGACACUUUUGACUCGCCGGCUUCCGAUGGGAAUCUGUUGCCUGCGCCCAAGCUUUGCGUCGUUCCCCACAAGGCGGUGAUUUGAUAAUUUGCAUAGUUUUUUGGUUCGGGGAAAAACUUCGGAGGCAAACAUGCCGGAGAGAAUCAGCAUUUCGGACUUCGUGGUUCUGACCAAUGAGGAUCUGUCGUCGCCGGCCACGUCCACCUUCCAGGCCAAAAUGAGCGACUGCAGGAGCACCGUGUCCGCCGUGGAGGAGUCAUUGGAGACGGAUCACCUGACUCUCCAAAAGAUGAAGAAGCUGAUCAAAGCCAUCCAUAACUCUGGAAUCACUCACAUGGAAGCCAAGGAGCAAUACACCGAGGUCCUGGAGAAGCUGGGCAACAGCCACCUGAGCCAGGACAACAACGAGGUCUCCACGGGCUUCCUCAACCUGGCCGUGUUCACCCGAGAGGUCACGGCCCUGCUCAAGAAUCUGGUGCAGAACCUCAACAACAUCAUGGCCUUCCCUUUGGAAAAUGUGCUGAAAUCGGAGCUGCGCGACAGCAGAUUGGAACUGAAGAAGCAGAUGGAGAGAAGCUGGAAAGACUACGACUUGAAAAUAGCCAAACUGGAGAAGGAACGCAGGGAGAAGAGCAGGCAGCUCAUUCGGACGGAGGGAUCGGAUGGAGGGGAGGACAUGGAGAGGGAGAGGAGGACCUUCCAGCUGCAGAUGUGCGAGUACCUUUUGAAGAUCCAGGAGCUGAAGGUCCGUCAAGGCCCGGAUCUCCUCCAGAGCCUCAUAAAGUUCUUCCAGGCCCAGCUCAGUUUCUUUCAGGACGGGCUGAAAGCUGCAGAAAAUCUUGCUCCCUUUGUGGAGAAGCUGGCUUCCUCGGUUCACACGGUACGACUGGACCAGGACGAGGAAGUCAAACAACUCACUCAGCUGAGGGAUUCUCUUCGCCUGCUGCUCCAAGUGGACGGCAAAGAGGAAUAUCUAAACAGGAAGAACUCGGGCAACGGCUACAGCAUCCACCAGCCGCAGGGCAACAAGCAGUACGGGACUGAGAAGUCGGGUUUCUUGCUCAAAAAAAGUGAUGGGAUCAGAAAAGUGUGGCAGAAGAGGAAAUGUGGAGUCAAAUUUGGCUGCCUCACAAUCUCUCACAGCACGAUCAAUCGACCACCGGCCAAGCUCAAUCUCCUGACAUGUCAGGUGCGACCGAACCCGGAGGACCGCAGAGCUUUUGACCUAGUUACUCAUAACCGGACAUACCAUUUCCAGACAGAGGACGAGCAGGAAUGUGUGAUCUGGGUGUCGGUGCUCCAGAACAGUAAGGAGGAGGCCCUGAACACGGCACUGGGAGGAGACCAGCUCAACCUCCAGGACAGCGGCCUGCAGGAACUUUCCAGAUCCAUCAUCGGCGAACUUCGCCACAUGCCCGGCAACGAGGCCUGCGCUGACUGCGGCGCACCAGAUCCAACAUGGCUGUCCACCAAUCUCGGCAUUCUGACCUGCAUCGAAUGCUCGGGGAUCCAUAGAGAGCUGGGUGUCCACUAUUCCAGGAUCCAGUCACUGACCCUGGACCUCCUCAGCACUUCUGAGUUACUGUUGGCUGUCAGCAUUGGCAACACAAAAUUCAACGACAUCAUGGAAGCAGGUCUUCCAAGUGAUGCCGUCAAGCCAUUGCCUCAGAGUGACAUGGUUGCCAGAAAGGAGUACAUUGUGGCAAAGUACGCCGAGCGCCGCUACGUCCUGCGGAGGGAGGCGACGGAACCCGGCCUGCUGUACGACGCCGUGAAGAGCCGGGACCUGACUUCUCUGCUGCAGCUCUUUGCCGAGGGAGCGGACCUUUCCAGGCCGCUGUCGGUGAACGGCGGACAGGGUCUGAAAGAAACCCCUCUUCAUCUGGCCGUGCGUCUGGAAGAAAGAAGCUCCCUGGCUAUCGUGGACUUCUUGUGCCAGAACAGCAACUGCUUGGAGAAAAGGACAGCGGAAGGCAACACGGCUCUGCACUACAGCGUCCUCCACCACAAGCCCGAGUCCCUCAAAUUGCUCCUCAAAGCCAAAGCGACGCUUCACAUAGUGAACUCUGCAGGCGAGACUGCCCUUGAUAUCGCCAGGAGGCUGCAGCACACGCAAUGCGUUGAGCUGUUGGAGCUUGCUCACAAUGGGAAGUUUAACUCUCAGAUUCAUGUGGAGUUCGCGUGGGACACUCCGGCUCAGGAAAUCUAUGACAGCGAGGACGACCUGGACGAGAGGGUGAGCCCAAUACCAAAGAACCGGUCUCCGGUGUCCUCAAACGGAGGUGUUGGAUCCCGCUGGAGUGUGUUGAGCAGCGCCGGUGGUAACCCCGGCAACAGACCUUGUCAGACCUACGAGAACCUGGAGUUCCUCUACAGAAAUCCCCCAUCCAACAGUGCCCCCUCUGGCCUGGCAGUGCCACCGCCACUGCCUGCGAAAUCAACCCCUAAAGGUCGCUCCGACCCUCAGCUCGCGGUCACGGCGAUUGAAGCCAACCAAAAUCCCCCAAGACGUGCCUCGAACCCGUCCGCCGGCACCCCCGGUUCCCAGACCCCGGCCCGACAGACCCCACCUUCGCCGGGUGUAGACAAUCAAAAGGCGCACAAGGGAAGCGUGCUGAGGACUCACAGACAUUCCGGAGAAGUGCAAGCCGGAACUGCUUCCGCCUCUCAAAGCACUUCCACGUCCUCCCAGAACCACAUUGGACCUGUCAGUUCCGAGAAGACCACAUCCUAUCGUCGCACGUGCAGCGGAGGAGGCAACCAGGCCAAGUGUGCCUCGUUGUCUCCCACCAGCAACCAGGAGGACCCCUAUUGUACUUUGGCGGGGAAUUCCACCUGCCUCAGCCCGGUACCCGCGGCGGUUGCCCCGUCUUCUUCACCGGGUGUCACCCCAGCCCUCCGACCACGCCGGAACGCUAUGGUUUCGGGCAACAGGCACCAACAGAAGCGGGUCAAGGCGUUAGCGGACUGCCGAGCCGCCAAUUCGGAGCAGCUGACCUUUUUCAAAGACGAGACCAUUGUGGUCACGGUCUCCACUGACCCCCACUGGUGGGUUGGUUACAUAGAAGGGGACUCGUCCAGGAGCGGGACCUUCCCCGUGAACUACGUACAGAAAGUAGCAGAUUAAAGACGUUUGUGAACCGGGCCAGCGCCGGAUGCUCGCCGGCUUUAUUACGUUAUUGUGGACAAGUGGACUUUUACGCUGUUUUCCGACGGGGAUUCGCAAAAACUGCAACGCGGUGAGCGAAUUCUGGACACCCCCUCGGGCAAAGACUCUACAGUGUGAUUUGAAAUUGUCAACAAGGAAUAUAAAAGUCUUAAAAAUAAUGAACACCUCAGUCCUGAUAUUGAACUUUUCUUCAGUCGUUUAAAACGUUUGCAUUCACAAGUGCGGCAGUCGCCAUACACGAAUGAACCUUUGCAUUACUUGCCGAGCUAAUCUCUCCUGUUUUUUUUUUUAUUUUUAAAUGCACUUUAAACUCUAAAUUCCUCGCAAAUGGGUGUUCACAUCUCAAAAGGCCAGCUGCUGGUCCUCAAAAUAUUCAAAAAUAGAUGUCAACUAACAGGGUUGGGUAAGGGACUGCUGGGCUGGAUUUACACGACAUGGUCCAAGUGCCCAAUUGCAACUUAAUGCUUAUGCCGGAGUUUUGUUUAACGCUGAGUCAUAGUUUGGUCAGUAUACAGUGAAGAAAAUAAGUAUUUGAACACCCUGCUGUAUUACAAGUUCUCCCGCUUAGAAAUCAUGGAGGGGUCUGAAAUUUUCAGCGUAGGUGCAUCUCUAAUGUGAGAGAGAUCAUCUAAAAAGAAGAAUCCAGAAAUCACAUUGUAUGAUUUUUUUUUUUAGCGAUUUGUGUGAUACAGCUGCAAAUAAGUAUUUGAACACCUGUCUAUCAGCUAAAAUUCUGACCCUCAAAGACCUUGCGGGGUCUCAAUGAUCCUUACAAAAGGUGAGGAAUCAGCCCGGGACUACACGACAGGACUUGGUCAAUUACCUGAAAAGAGCUGGGACCACCGUUUCCAAGGUGACUGUCGGUAAUACACUAAGACGUCAUGGUUUGAAAUCACGCAUGGCACAGAAGGUUCCCCUGCUUAAACCAGAACAUGUCAAGGCCCGUCUUAAGUUUGCCACUGACCAUUUGGAUGAUACAGAAGAGUUACGGGAGAAAGUUUUGUGUUCAGAUAAGAGCAAAAUUGAACUUUUUGGUCAUGAUUCCACUAACCACGUUUGGAGGAAGACGAAUGAUGAGUUCCAUCUCAAGAACACCAUCCCUACUGUGAAACAUGGGGGUGGUAGCAUCACGCUUUGGGGGUGUUUUUCUGCACAUGGGACAGGACAACUGCACCGUAUUAAGGGGAGGAUGACCACGGCCAUGUAUUGUGAGAUUUUGUGGGAACAACCUCUUUCCCUCAGUCAGAGCAUUGUAGAUGGGUCGUGGCAAAUAAAUCAUUAAAAAAAUCAUACAUUGCGAUUUCUGGAUAUUUCUUUUUAGAUUAUCUCUCACAGCGGACAUGCACCUACGAUGAAAAUUUCAGACCCCUCCAUGAUUUCUAAGUGGGAGAACUUGCAAUAUAGCAGGGUGUUCAAAUACUUAUUUUCUUCACUGUAUGUUCCUGGUCAGUAUAUUUUAAUAAUGGGGGUCCAUAGCUGAUACAGAUCAGACUUUCAGUUACAUUUGGAAGAGGCCAACUUCCAAUCUGAAGAUACGCAUUUCCAUACAUCUCCCCCCCCUUCUGUUUUUUUUUUGUUGUUUUUUGCUGCUUUGGCAAAUUUCCCAAUUGUGCCCCUCAAGUGCAAAAAUUCAUAAUUGUUUUAUCUGGACCAUGCGAUGUAAAACCAGCCUUAGGGAUAGAUAUUGAUCUUAGCCAUCAGUGAACAUACAGGAAGUGUGUGUGCCGCACAGACAUGCAAUUGCACUCAUUGUACAUAUUGUAAUUAGCUUAUGGUAUUUAGGAACCUUUUUUUUAUAUAUAUACUGACAUAUAACUAAAAUACUUGUAACUCAUGUCAUGGAGAUGACUGUACAUGUUAAUUGAUGUAUAUACAGUACUUGUCUAAAAUGCCCACUGAUGUAUCUUCAUGUGUUUGUACUUCUCGCCGCGCCCGCCGCCAUAUUAGAUACACUUGUACAUUAAUGUUAAUUUUUAAUACAGUCUGUUUCUUACUGUGCUCAAUGCUGCAUUUGUUGUUGCUCAUACACAUUAAAUGUGUCGAGUAAAGCACCGUAUAGUCAGAAUAUAUGGACGUACACACGCUGGAGACUAUUAGGUACUCCUGUACACUUUCAGGAAUUAAUAUUCCCAGCAAUAUUUGGCAAGCAGAAACUGUCAUUUAAGUGUCGUUUGUCGCUUUUUAACCGGAGGUGUACCUAAUAUUGUGGGUCAGCAGCGUGCAGUGCGAGUUAGUUUGCCGUCCUCGCAAAUCCUGAACACAAGCAGAGCAGAAGCACAAAGACGGGCAACGCUGCUAAGUGCUUGUUUUGGGCUCGAUACGAGCAUGAAUCGAUUCAAUUAUUCAGUGCGGCCGGCGUCCUUCAAUGAAAUGCGCGCACUGCUUUUAAGGUGGAAAUUGCGAUGGUGGCCUUGAAAUGAGUUUUCCAAAAAAAGACUCUUAAUUCUGACUGCUUAAUUUAAGCGAGCCUUGUUAGACAUUUGAUAGGGUUUUUACAGUAGCUUACUGGCAACACUUCUGCCUGUGAGUUACAGUAAAUGAAGUUUAGAGUACGACAUAUUACCGUAAUUCCCGGUCUACAGAGUGCACCUGGUUACAAGCCUCACCGAGUACAUUUGUAAAGGAAAUACCAUUUGGUACAUACAUACGCUGCAGCUGUGUAAAAGCCGCAAGUGCCCACAUUGAAACCCGGAUUGAAACACGAGAUAUUUGCAAAGAAAGACGGUACAGAGAAAAAGUUUAACGCUAGCGUAGUGCUAAAGCUAGCAGGGUCGGUUAAAAUAAAAUUUACCGGUAAAUAUCACUGAGACAUGCCACUAACACAGCAGCAACAGGCUAGCAGAGCGCUAACAGGGCCGGUAAAAGUCACUUCCUCGGCACAUAUAUUCCACCGGUCUCAUUCUUACGUUUUCCGCUGGAGUGACCCCUUACGGCUGUUAGAAAAAAAUGCACAAAUUAGCCGCAUCACCGCAUAAACCGCAGGGUUGAAAGCGUGGGAAAAAAGUUGUGGCUUGUAGGCCAGAAAUUCCGUUACUUUUACAGUAACUGUGUGUUACGUUACAUGUAAAUUACAGUAACUAAAUGUCACUGUGUUAAUAGUACCAUAAACCUGAAUUACAGUAAUUUACUGACAACAGAAGUAGUAAAUUACUAUAAUUCAAGGUAGUUUAAAAGAAGUCCAUAAAAGAUGAAAAUACAGCAACACUUUAUGGUGUAUGACGUAAAAAUCCGAUAACGCAGUGGAAAUUACUGUACAUGUAAUGACUGUAUAAUGACUUAAUUACUUUAUUUUCACUUUAGAAUAACUUUUAAUGAAUUGUCUGUGGCUAAAAAAUGUUGAAUUUACAAAGUUGAGAUCAUUAAAACCCGAAAAUGAAUUUGCUGGCUAUAUGAUCGUAACCAAAGCGGCACAGUGACUCAGCUGGAAAGUGUUGGCCUCACAGUUGUGAGGUCCCAGGUUCGAUCCCGGACCCGCCUGCGUGGAGUUUGCAUGUUCUCGCCGUGCACACGUGGGUUUCCUCCCACUUCCCAAAAGCAUGAAAAAUUAAUCGGAAACUCUAAAUUGCCCCUAGAUAUGCUUGUGAGUACAACUGUUGUCUGUCUCCUUGUGCCCUGCGAUAGGCUGGCAAGCAGUUGACAGCUGUGUUCGGCUCCAGCGCUCCCCGCGACCCUUGUGAGGAUAAGCGGCAAAGAAGAGGGCUGGAUGGAUGAUCAUAACCCCGCUGAAUGCACGUAAAAUUCUAGUAACAACUACAGUGGGACUGUGAUCGUACCCUUUGUCAAUCAAGGUCAUCUUAUUGCUCCUUUAUUCCAGAUAGGAUAUAAAAUUGUUUCCCUUAACUUUAUCGCCGCUGUUGCAUCUUUAAAAAAAAAAAAAAAAAAGAUUUUUUUGACAGCACCCGGUGGAUUAUGUCCACAAUAUUUGUCGUGUAUUUCAACGUUUGACCACAGCGAGACAGGGACUCACUAUCCUCUUUUGCCAAUCAAUUAAAUGUAGCCCCAAUGUGUAAUUCCCCUUUCAUGCCACAAAGCACAGAAAGACGCUCCUCGAAUCCGACGUGUUUUUGCAAGCCGACAGCUGCACUUGCCUCGCACGCCACCUCCGCAAGCACGGCCAACCGAGGGUCCGGCGCGGCGACGUUCCGACCCGUCACUUAUGUAACGAGGCCAAAUAAUAACAGCAGCGCUUCUGCUUCAUAGCCAAUCGGCCCGCUCGCUAAGCCGCGGGUGGAUUUUAGUGUCAAUGCGUGGGCGACACACACCGCGGGAUGCCGUGCUAAUCUGCGGAAAACAAGCAUGAAUACAUCUUUGGAUUUAGUUGUGUGCCUCGAAUGCGUUAUCCGCGUUUCUGUAUAAAAGCCAUCUGUGAUGUGCAAAUUUUAAAAUGAAAAAAAAAAAAUCACUGUUGAUCUAACGUUGAUUUUGAAUGCAUUCAACACCAAAGAGCCUCGGGAAAAAAAAAAAGAUUAAAAACACACCCAAAAAAAAAAAA